GCAGCCAAUGGGGAGCGAGGGGCGGGGCGCUCGGCUAGCCUCGCCCCAGGCCUGGGAGCUGUGCGGGGAAGAGGGAAAGCGCCCGGUCGGGCGGACUCUGGGAGCCGCGGGGAGCAGCGGGGAGCAGCGGCGCUCCAUUGCAGCUCGGUUACUGAUGGCUUCCCCUAAAAUUGCUUCCCUCUCUUGGGGGCAAAUGAAAGUGCAAGGCUCUACCUCAACCUACAAGGAUUGCAAAGUAUGGCCCGGAGGCAGUCGGGCUUGGGACUGGAGAGAAACAGGAACUGAGCAUUCCCCUGGAGUGCAGCCUGCAGACGUGAAGGAAGUCGCUGAGAAGGGCGUGCAAACCCUGGUGAUUGGCAGAGGGAUGAGUGAGGCCCUGAAGGUGCCGCCAUCCACUGUGGAGUACCUCGAGAAACAAGGAAUUGAUGUGCGGGUCCUCCAGACGGAGCAGGCGGUGAAGGAGUAUAAUGCCUUGGUUGCCCAAGGGGUCAGAGUGGGAGGCGUUUUCCAUUCCACCUGCUGAUGGAGCCCACGGAGGGGAAUAAACCACUAACAAGGA